AUGCGUGGGAUGGGCAUCGCUCUGCUGUCUGCGGAGGUGGGCGAAGACGAGUGGUCGCUUUUACUCGCAGCCUUCCUUGGCUGCUUCGUUGCCGACGCCGAGCGGGGGGUGGGGGCGGGGGCGGGGGCGGAGGGUUCAUUACACACACGCGCGGCGGCGGGAGCUGCCGGAAAAUGUGCGCUUUCCGGGGUGCGGCGGGCGUUGCGGUAUUUGGCGCACGACGGCGACGCCUUGCGGGCCAGGCGCGCCUUGGAGCGCGUUGUGGAGGCGCUCGCUGAGGAGUUUUGGCGGCCGUCGCCAUCGCCGCCGCAGCCGCCCCAGAGGGAGGCGGGUGUGUUUCCUCACAGCACCGCGGCGGCGGUGGACGCCACCCUCCCGGCGGAGUUGCUGUACAUGGUGUACUACUUGGCCUACACGCAGUGUGCCCCGCAGGCGUGGCAGGCGGCGAAGGCGCACGGUCGAUGGGCUCAACUCUUUUUUGAGCCGUUGCUCUCUGCCUCUGCGACGACGGCGACGACAAGCACCACGAAGACUGAAGCCACGGCAUCGACGAAAUUAUUUUCUUCACAGGCGCAUGGAAUUGAAGGAGGGGGGCGAGCAGCCGAAGACGCGGAUGUGCGCGCCGGAGUUACACGACUUUUUUCGCAAUGCAUGCCUAACAGCGAGGUUGCCAAUCUGCUUCUGUUUAUUGAUGCAUACCAUGCCUGGCUUAUGCGCGAUUACCGCGGCGUCUUGGACCACACGGAGCAACUCUUUCAACGUCUGCCAAUUGGGGGAGGGACACGGCCGUGGCUGUUGUGGCUUAUGCUUCAUUCGUCGCGCUUCAUACAUGCCUGUGCGGCUAUUGCGGUGACGAACGUCUCGCACCCUGCGGCAAGAGACGUGGUGAGCGAACGGGUUCGGCGCAUGCGCGACGAAGACACCGGGGGGGAUGCUCGAUUGCGCUAUCGGAGUCCUGUGUGGGGGGUGGGCGCGUCGCUGCAUGCACGGCCGCCUUUGAUGCGCGCCGUGUACGAUCUGCUGCACAGUGAGCUUUCGCGAGGCGACGACACGGGCCUCCACGAGAAGGGAGCUGACAGUUGCCUCCACGACGAGGAGCAUUCACGCCCACCGACGUCAGCCGAGGUCUGGCAGGACACAUUUUUGCUGACGUUGCGGGCGUGGUUGCGGGCGAAGCGGCUGACUGAGGCGGGACACAUGACCGACUCAAGAGACCUCCUCCUCCGCGUCCUGGAGCGACUCUACGGUCACCGCCGCACGAGCAGUGAGGAGGGCCACAGCUUCCUCACAGUCUCCGCGCCCGCACCCGCCGCGGCAUCGGCUGUCACAAACUCUGCUUGUCUUGCUGCUACUGCGAGUGGCGCCGCGAGAGAAGAGGCCUCCAGCUCUGUAGAUGAGGACAACGGAUGCGUAGGGCUGCGCCUCAUGCCUUCCCUGUGGCUUCGACAGUUGCUGCUGGUAAAUUGCGCGGCGCUUGCCGACACGCGAACCCUGCUUUACUUUCUGCACCAUCUAAGGCAGCCGCUGGCGCUUGCCGAGUUGUUGUACCUUGCGGCCUGCCCGACAAUCGCUUCAGGCGGAGUGCAUUCUCCCAUCCUCGCCUCCUUUUCAAUGGAUGAGACGAGUGAAGUGCAGUCGGUGCCUCAUGUGAAAGAGCCACUGCAGGAAAUGCCGCUCCCUGUACGAGUACCACUCUUAUCCCAUCGUCUCUGGAGGCUGCGGCGGCAACUUCUUCAGAAAUCGCCGCAAUCGACUGGUGAAUGCGCCGAGGACGACGAUCACCGCGUUUCUCUCCAGCGGGAGAUGAUGCAUCUCUGCGCAGCCCUUGUGAGGAACGUGCGAGGCCUGUUUGGUUCAUUGGAGCUGAGUUUCACCGACUGUGUCCCGCAUCGCAUCGUGUUUGAUGCCAUCACGGUGGCCUGUGACGUGCAGGAGAAUAUUCUGCGCAACGCCGCCUUCUCCUUGGCGACUGCUCCUUUAGUGUCACCCCCAGCCUCACCGCGCAGCAGCGGCAGCAGCAUUGAAGAGGACACCCACGCCACAGCGACUGAGCUGCCCAACACAAGCGCUACUGCGACCAAUACACCUGCCAGUUUGCCGCCGGUCUUUAUCACCGCAUCAGAAGGCGGCUCGCCCUCACACGUCGCUCCUGUGACGCAUGCCUGCCAUUAUGGCAGGAGCAGCAGGAACGACAACAACCCUUGCCACACUGAUGACGGGAAUAGCGACGAUGACGGCGAUAGCUGGUUACAGGUGCCCUGCCUACCGUUCGUGGUGUCGCCGUCGGAAGUUAGUCACGCAACAUCUUUUGGCGCAUCUGUUGCGGUGACGGCGCAAGAACUGUACUGGUUUGCCUACAGAAAGGCACACGAGUGGAUACAAAUUAUUCAGUGUUCUUUUCCGCAACUACCGCUCAUGGUGCAGCUGUGCCAGCUGCGUGUGGCCGCCGCUGCCUUCGACAAGGGGACUGCACAUCUUGCUCGACAUCUGCUUGCAACGUACAGGGGAAACGCUUUGGUCGCUUCACACGUUGCGUUAGCACUCUUUGCAAGCCUUCAUGUGGUGUCAGCAGAGCGGUGCAUUCAGGAGGCUCUUCAGCAGCACCCUCACUCAGCCGAAAUACGACGCAUUUACUGUGCAAUAUGCGGGCAAAACAUCAUUGCGAGAGAAGCCAUGCAGGGACAGGGAGGGGAAUGGGAUACUCCAGGGCGGGCUAAAAAACGGUUCGUACGGCCUAUUUUUACGCAUCGUUACCGCGGUGUACUUACGGUGAAGUAUGUUACCUCGGACCACCAUGGCCACGCGGCUGUGUAUGUGCCACUCGCCAUGUGCCUUCUUUGCAUCGGUGCUCUUGUGGCCGGCUUUGUGCUACACCUGAGGGACGUCGCACCCACCGCCACAACCACAAUUCCCACCGAUGACGCGGGUUUUCGCUGGUCUUUCGCACUGCCUUCGACUCUGUCAACGUACUUGGGGUUCGUAAUUGUGGUAUACGCGCUCACCGCUGCGGCAGUGAACCCACUUCUUGCAUCGCGUUGUGCGGAUGCAGGCGAUCAAAUCCACCACAUCUCAGGUUUCCUCUGCGCGCUUAUGGAGUGGAACUGUUUAGAAGACGAUGCUCCAAAUCAGCUUGUCUUUUGCUUGCGUGGCCUGCCAUUGGUCAACCUGUUCACGGGCGUGCAACUCGCCGUGAGCAAUGCACUUCGGCUCACACUUCAUACAGGGAAACACUGCGCUUCGAACAAUGCCGUAAUUUUUCCCGAUAUCUGCAAUCGCAUCUUCACAGGAUGGGGCACGGUGCAAAUACUUCUUGCCGUCUUUCUCCUUGCGAUAGCCGUACUAUUUCAUGGACGUGCAUGGCGAGUGAUACGCCGCCGUGAUGUGCUAGUGGGAUCCUUUGCAACAUUCAUCACAAUUUUUCUCAUAGACGUUGCUCUGUUUUUAUUUUAUUUUCCACUCCACUUCCUUUCUUGCGUGAUGUUGGAGCCAAUACUCUUUUUCAUCAAUCUCGUCCUCACCGUCGCCUUCGCCUCGCCGCUGAUCACGGAGCACUUUCCUAGCGCUCCAAGUGACAGGUUUCUGGCCACAGCCACUUUUCCCCGCCCAACCCCAACUGUUGCGGGGCGCUGGGGCUCGAUGGCGUUGUCAGCAGAGCAGGUGGCCUCGCAGGUGCGUGGGCGGUUGCGUGCAGGCCUGCCGCCGCUUCACUGGUCGCCUUCUCGACGCCACGAUUGUUCGAUGCUUUGCUUUCACGAGGUGUUGCAGCCGCUGGGCAAAGGUGGUGGCGACGCCUCCCACUCGCCCAGCGGGUUGCUUUUGCAGGUCUUGAGAGGGCUUGCUUCCCGCGGUGUCGCAGGGUGCGCCUCCCUGCAGUCCGUCGUGAAUUGGCGCGCCCAUCGCGCCCCUCAGCUGAGCGAGGCGGCGGUGCAGUUGGCGCUUUUACGCGAGAGUUUCACUGCAGCGGUUGCCCCAGCACCGGCGAGCGCAAGCUUCAUGUUGAAUGGCGUGUUGGGCGCCACUGCAGCCGUUGAGGCCGAUAAACAGGUGAGCCGCUUCGCG